UGGUCAAGUGUUAUUAUAAUUCUAUGCAUACAUGGGGACGGCUGUAAACUGUCAUUACCACUUCUUUUAGUUAUCAUAAGUGCAUAUUAUAUCAGUGUUCUAGUGACAUUUAAACAAAUGAGAUGCUUGGUCAAGGUUGAAGGUAUAAUCGAUUAAAACGAUUGUUUUUGGAGACCUGGGCAACGUAAUAUCGGUGGAACAGUCAUAAAAUGUUCAUAAAACUUUGUGUAGAAAGCAAACAUUACGGCAUAAAAUAUGGAACACAUCGUCAUUGUUGAUCAGAAGCUGAGAAAAAGCCAAGAGCUGUUCUAGGAGAGCGAGCGAGCGGUGUCUAUAUAAUCUAAGACGUACUCCAUUUAUAUGCUUCAAAAUUUUUCGAAGGAUGUUUGACUAAAGAUAUGGAUCUUUCAGCAUGCUACAACGAAGAAAUUGACAAUACUGUGCAUAGAUACAUUCUUAAAUCUGUAUGUUUUGUUACCUAGUAUUAAGACAUGCUUGGAGAAACUUCGGUUGAGAGAGUUCUUAUGAUUUUACAGACAAUAGUCUUUUUGAUGUCGUGUUCCGGAAACGCUAUCGUUGUCUUGGUGAUAUGGAAAUAUUUGCGCCGUCGGGCUGUUACAAAUAAGUUCAUUGUUAAUCUUGCCGUUGCCGACAUGUUUACAGGUGUUGCUUCACUAUCACAGAUUUUGUACACAUUUGUGCCAAGUUUGAAUGACAAUUUGUACACUUGUCUUCUCAGAUACAAUGUCGUUAUAUUCAUGACCUUGACCUCACAGCUUACAGUGACCUUCACAACAUUUGACCGGUACAUUGCGAUUUGUUAUCCAACAAAGUAUAUGGAUAUUAUGACUCCGAAAGUUGCACAGUUUUUAAUUUUAAUUUCGUGGAUGUAUCCUUGCAUAAUAAGUAUUCUUCCUUUUAGUGGACUAAACAACUGGAACACUCAUUUAGUAUGCGUGUUCCAGCAAGUUGUGAAAACGUGGCAAUUACUUUGGAUGGCCUUGACAUUGUGGAUCUUUACCAUAGUUACCGUUGCUAUGUACGGUCUCAUUCUAAGGAAAGCAUGCACUGUUUACAACCAAGUACGCCCUUCGAUUGGGUCUGUAGUAUUAGUAAGGACAGUAGAAAUCGAGAGAAACAAAAUGGAGAAUAAAUAUAGAACGGAAAAGAUGGCGAGCGUUCUCCGAGGCGCAAAGGCUUUGGCUGCGGUUACACUCGUAUUCUCACUCUGCUGGCUGCCGUACACUUAUUUCCAGUUACGUGCCUUCAUAAAUUCGGAGUAUAUUUAUUCACGGGAGUGGGACAUUGCCACGUGGAUUGUAUUUCUUGGGAUGGCUAACAGUGUAAUGAACCCUUUCAUUUAUGCCUGGCAGCGAAAAGACUUCAAUCAAGCAUGUAAACGGUUGUUUUCGUGCAAAGCGCCUUUACCUCGGCAACCUGCGAGGAACGGCUCAUACAGCGUACGUGGUGUUUUCUAAACAAUUAAGAGGCAUACCUCUAUACCUAAAUGUCAUUUUUGGUUGCGGGUUUAUCCCGCUACCAAAGUAAAAGUGUAUUUCUGACAAUAAUAGCAUCUUUAUUUAUUCCGAAUCACAUCCAAAGGAUGUUCAUGUGCUACACAAAAUAGUCCCAUUCAUAAACAAUGCGAAUGAAUUAUCAAUGAACAAGCAGUUCUUAGUCAACCUGUAUCCACUCACACUGACCAUUUAGAUUAUAUAAGAUCUAUCAAUGAUAAGGUAUUCCAGCUCAUGGUUACAUCACAAGCUGGGUCAGGCAGAGUUCAUCUCAGAUAUGAGGCACAUUUAACUUGUAUUUGUUUCUCAUUCAUGUAUAUUCAUAGACUGGCAUUUAAACAGAAAAUAAAUCUACUAAAACCCCGCAACCAUCAGACAUUUCAAGGCUUUGAUUAAGAAAGUUAGCAACAUCUUACACACUCUAUAACGUGAUAAAGCGACACCACAGGACAACAUGACACCAGAUCGGACAACGUGACACUUUAACGAGAUUGUUUUCGUAUUGAAAUAAGUAUUUUCAAUUUUGUCAACACAAAAUGUAAAUUAAUGAAAGCCAGAUUCCUACCAAGUUUCGAGGAUAGAAAGCGGCAUCUAAAAGAAUGUUUUCUGAAUUAAAAAGACCACCAAAUAAUCACACAAAUGGCUAAUCCAAGGCCAGAUUUUCAUUGUUUUGGAUACUAGUAUUGAACCGAGGAUUUUUUCUCAUUUCUGAAGCAACAAGCUUGACAUUACCAUCAAUAAAAAGUCCAACAUUUUAUCUCUUUGUCUGCCAAAUAUCCCGGCAAAAUCUCCAUUACUUUCGAAAAUACUAGGUGUUAAAGUCGGAUGGGUAGAACAAAAAUGUUCGAAAACGAAAACAAUCUAGGAAAAAGUGUCACGUUGUCCGGUCUGGUGUCCUGUUGUUUUGUGGUGUCGUCACGUUAUAGAGUGUGUCUUAGAGCAUCAAUAACCAGUCUAUGUUAUAUAAUUGUCGUGUGAACAAAAUUUUUCUAAACGGACUGCAAUCAAACUACGUGUACAACUAAACAUUGUCUGGAAGUCUUUUGGAUUAUUUUGACUCCAUCUUUAUUUUCGAGAGUGUACGUAACAAACAUUGUUACUUUGUGUUAUCAUACUGUAUCUGUAUUCAAGACUGUGCGAGGUGUUUGUGGUACAUGGUAUAGCCUUAAUUAGCUAUUUGCUGUUUUUGCUUUCAACACAUAAUGUAUGCUUUAUAAAAAAUCUUAUACUAGUAUUUAUGUAAAUUCAAGACAAAGAUUAUUUAGUAUUGCCAUUUGGCUAUUUUUACUGUAUUGUUUGAGGUCACAUACUGCAAAGAACUUUCUUUCUGGAAUAAAA